GCAAGCGCAUGGCUGCGUUGGUGAUUCCUUGUACCUGACCGAGUGACCCGCCUACGAAGAAGAUGGCCACCUUUCUCAUUAGAAAACCGCUGCGCACUCUCUUGAAGGUGUUCUGGGCCACAAAGCUCAUUGCUGUAGGUCCAGGUCCACCUUUGCUGCCAGGGUCACCAGCUGCGCCCUGUAACGAAAUACAGCAAAUGAUCAACAGCAUUCAGCAGAUCUGCCCCGCACAGAGGCUGCUGCCCCGCACGGAGGAGCCACGGAGUGAGCACCGAGCAGAACCGGCAGAACCAUGCCGGGAUCUUCCAGGGUGAAGAAUCUGGACCUGUCCAGACUCUCUGACGAGGAGGCCAAGCAUGUGUGGAGAGUCGUCCAGCGGGACUUUGACCUGCGGAAGAAGGAGGAGGUCAGACUUGGAGACUUGAAGACCAGGGUGAAACGAGAGGACAUCAAGAGGGAGUUGUUGGGCCAGUGGUCCGGUCGGACGGCGGCCUACUGCAUCCACUGUCUGCAGCCGUUCAAGUUCCUGCUCAAGAGCAAACGUCGCUGUGUGGACUGUGAGCUGUUCAUCUGCAAAGCCUGCAGUCGCUACAACAAAACGGAUCGAGGUUACGUGUGCGAUUCCUGUCACAUGGUCAGGGUUCUCAAGACCGGUACACUGGAGUGGUACUACGAAAACCUCCGCACCCGCUUCAGGAACUUUGGCAGUGUCAAAGUGAUGCAGUCUCUGUUCAAGAGGCUGAGGACGGACCGGGGGGAGAGCACGGCAGGAGGAUACGAGGAGCAGGAGGAGCAGGAGGAGCAGGAGGAGCAGGAGGAGCGGAGCCUGAGUGCAUCAGAGUCCCAGCUCUACAGAGAGAAGGUCAAACGGCGUCUGACUGUGGACCCCGUGGACUUUGAAGUCUGCUGGGACAACACUCCAAAGUCCAGAGGACCUUCAUACCAGCAGCCGGAGUCACAUGACUCCGUGGUGACCGUCAGCGCAGCUCGGAGGAAGUCCCUGCUGGCCCAGGCCGACCUGGCCACCGUGUUCCAGCAGAUUUCACAGGAAAAACACACAGACCACCCAGUCGUCCCUUCCUCUUCGGUGUCCCAGCUCAGCUACUCCUCCUGCGGCAGUGGGAGUUCAGGGCCUCAGCGGGGGGGCAUCGGUGUUUAUCUGCCCGGCUGUGAUGACCCAGAGGGGGAGCAGCAGGAGGAGGAAGAGGAGGAGGAGGAGGACAGCGACCAGCCCUGCUUUCUGUUCCACUCUCACCUGCGCCCCUCCAGCAGCACUUCUCAGGCCACUGACCUGGAGAGACGUAUCUCCACCUUGGAGACGUUCUUAACUCGCCUGGAACUGAGAGUCAUCUCGGCAUGUGAUCAGGGCUCCACGUCUCCAAACAGCUCCUCUCCUCUCCCUCAGUGGGAGGAGGUGGACUUCGAGGAGCAGCAGCUGAAGCAGAAGCUCCAGGAGAUGACCAACAACAUCAGUGACCACAGCAUCAGCUCCGAUGACGAUGAGGACGAGGACGAGGCCCAGCGGCCGCAUUCCUCCUGGAGGAGCCUGGAGGUGGAGCCCAAACUUUCCAGGAACUCAUCCAGACCUACAUCAAGGACCAGCAUCAAGGAGCUCAGACCAGUGGAGGAGCAGCCUCAGCUGAGUGACCUUCAGAAGAUGAACCACAUGACUGACAUCCCGGACAGAAAGUCCCAGACUGGUCCAGAGGAAGAGUCCCAGCCAGGGUUCCGAGGCUCCACAGCUCUACUGGUGGAGCUGGGGGACUGGGUGGCCCAGGCAGCUGCUCAUGUUCAGAACACCCAGAGUGAGGUGUCCGACAUCCAGAGGAGGAUCGCGGCCCUGAAUGGCCCUGGGGAGUCAGUGGAGAGGAGGAGAAAGUCGGCCAUCCCGUUCCAACGACGACGACGACUCUCCAACACUACCACAAAACCCAAUUUGGACCCAGACUUCCUGAGGAGGAGAAUGAGUCUUUUCUGAAACCUGUGGAGAAACUCAAACAUUUUUAAGUGUGUACGUUUGAGUUUUUAAAACGUUUAGUGUAACAUUCCUCUGGUACUUUUCUAAAUACCUUCCAAAUACAGAUAAUAAGAGUACCAGCCACUUUUAAAUAUCACCACUUCUCCGUGCGUUAGUGUUCUGUAGGAACAUGUUCUAACGAGUGUUGUAGUUCGAGAACCAGUGUUUCAACACAGGCUGCUGAUUUCCCUUCUGCUGUUGUAGCCACUCUGGCACAAGAGGGCGCCAUUGCAUUUUCAAACGUCUCUGUGUGAACACCGGGACUCAAGUACGCCUCUUUUUUUUUUUUUGGUUAAUUUUGUUAUAAAUCCACGUGGUACUGAGUUACCCAUGUAGUACAAAGUUAGCCGUGCCUUGAUCUCUGAGGAACCAUUUUGUAAUUUUCCCUUUUUGAUGAUCUAACAUUUGUCUUUUUGUAACGUUCUAUAUUCUCCGUUUGUUGUUUUAAUAUGCACUUGCUGUAUGAAUGAAAAGCGAUAUUGCCGAUACAGUCUGACAGAUGACAAAAAU